AUGGAGAAAUAUCGAGCAGGCAUUAAAUAUUUCGAAGAAGCCCUCAAAAUUUCACCGAAUAGUGUAGAGCACGACAGAAAAGCCGAGGUUGAGCAGCAUCGUGAAGCAAUCAAGCGUAAUUUGGAAGCUACGAAAGGACGGCUAAGCGAUCUUGAAAAAUUAUUUCCGCCGAACUCGGGCCGAAAUGUGUCACGCAAACCUGUCCAGAUUGUUGCUCCAUCAACAAGCAAACCACCGGCAUUACAACGAGCACCGAUGACAAACCCCAUCGACGCCUCCUUCCGUAAUAUGCUACUGAAAGGUGUCGAUGAUAAAUUUGGCGCCCCGUUGCUGAAUGAGAUUUUAAAUCAAGAUGAUGUCCGGAUGAGUGAAAUUAUUGGUGCUGAAGCAGCAAAACGGGCACUCGAGGAAACGGCAGCAAAACGGGCACUCGAGGAAACGGUCAUUUUACCGACAAUCAAUCCAUCGCUUUUCUCGGGUCUUCGGCAACCUGCUCAAGGAAUCCUGCUGUUCGGGCCUCCAGGGAAUGGCAAAACAUUGCUAGCUCGUGCAGUAGCUACCGAAUGUGGUUCGACGAUGUUUUUAAACAUAUCCGCAGCUACACUGACCUCCAAAUGGGUUGGUGAAGCGGAGAAAAUAGUCCGAGCAUUAUUCCAAAUUGCAAGAAAUGGACAACCAACGAUUAUAUUUAUUGAUGAAAUUGACUCAAUUCUUUGUGAACGUAGUGAGAAGGAAACUGAGGUUUCAAGACGUAUGAAAACGGAAUUCUUGAUCCAAAUGGAUGGGAUGUAUUCAUCAAAAGAGGAUCGAAUACUGGUGAUCGGUGCAACAAAUCGCCCGGAUGAACUUGAUCCCGCUGUACUUCGACGUUUCCCGAAACGGAUUCUCAUUGAUAUCCCAAAUGCGAAGUCACGUCUUGAACUAAUCGUAUCAUUGCUGGAAAAAACUAAAACUGCAUAUGAUUUGAACAGUUUGCAGAAAGAGUAUGCUUCAUAUUUUCCAAAAAUUUUUUUUCCAUUUGUACUUAAGUAUUUAGAGUAAUG